AUGCGAGCACCUGGCGAGGAGGCGGCGGCGGCGGCGGCAGCUGAGGUGGCAAGUGCCGGAGUGGGCGAGGAGGAGACGCAGGAGGGCUUGGCUCAGCAGGCAGAAGGAGGACUGAGCAAAGGAGAGGAAACCAACAAAGAUAACUUUGGUAGCACUGAAUGCGGCAAAAUAAGAACAAUGGAUCUCAAGUUCAACAGCUCCAGGAAGUACAUUUCUAUCACUGUUCCAUCCAAAACCCAAGCAAUGUCACCACACAUCAAGUCUAUAGAUGACAUUGUCGUGCUUGGCAUAAAUCUCAGCAGAUUCAACAAACUGACUCAGUUUUUCAUAUGUGUUGCUGGAGUUUUUGUAUUUUACCUAAUUUAUGGAUAUUUACAGGAAUUAAUAUUUUCAGUGGAGGGUUUUAAGCCCUAUGGCUGGUAUCUUACUUUAGUGCAGUUUGCGUUUUACUCCAUAUUUGGCCUGAUAGAGCUUCAGCUGAUUCAGGACAAAAGGAGGAGAAUACCAGGAAAAACCUACAUGAUAAUAGCUUUUCUAACUGUGGGUACUAUGGGGUUGUCAAACACUUCCUUGGGCUUCCUGAACUACCCUACCCAAGUCAUCUUCAAGUGCUGCAAAUUGAUCCCCGUUAUGCUAGGAGGAGUUUUUAUUCAAGGAAAGCGUUAUAAUGUUGCAGACGUGUCUGCUGCCUUAUGUAUGAGCCUCGGCCUGAUAUGGUUUACCCUAGCCGACAGCACAGUUGCGCCAAAUUUCAACCUGACAGGUGUGGUCCUCAUCUCGCUGGCCCUGUGUGCAGAUGCUGUCAUUGGGAAUGUCCAAGAGAAAGUUAUGAAGCUGCAUAAUGCUUCUAAUUCAGAAAUGGUUUUGUAUUCGUAUUCAAUCGGUUUUGUGUACAUUUUAUUGGGGUUGACAUGCACUAGUGAAUUAGGCCCUGCAGUAACGUUUUGUUCAAAGGAUCCAAUUCGGACCUACGGUUAUGCUUUCCUUUUUUCCCUCACUGGGUAUUUUGGAAUCUCUUUUGUUCUGGCUUUGAUUAAAAUUUUCGGUGCACUUCUUGCUGUAACAGUGACAACAGGGAGGAAAGCAAUGACCAUUGUUCUUUCAUUUAUAUUCUUUGCCAAACCGUUCACAUUCCAGUAUGUGUGGUCUGGUUUCUUAGUUGUCCUUGGUAUAUUUCUCAAUGUUUACAGCAAAAAUAUGGAUAAAAUAAGACUGCCAUCACCAUAUGAUCUGAUAAACAAAAUGGUGGACCUAAGGAAAUCAAGGACGUUGGCACAAACUGUAUAGGCAGUGAUUCGUUUUGUAAAAUUCUAUUUGUAAAAUAGAAUUAAUUCAUCAAUCAAUCAACUUUCCAAAGGGACUGACAAAAACCAAAGGCUCUGAAGGCAGGCUCUCCAUUUGUGGAUGGGUCACGUAUGAAGUUGGCCUUUCUUUAGAACCCUGUCUGUCUAACCUCCAGAGCAAUCACGAGGGCCUCGCCCAGCACAGCUUGGACUGAAAUGUCAACAGGAAGGACUCAGUGCUUACAGUCUGUUGAGAAUUUCACUGGAAAUGGACCAUGUUGCAAGACUGAUUGUAUACCAUUAUGACAUAUCAAAGAAAUUGAUAUGUAAAAA